AAUCAUGCGGUGCGGUAUGUAAACUACACCAACUAAACGUUAGUAAAGAAAGAUUUAUCGUUUUGCAGUUUUGGAGUGGUUUUUACGGUUAAUAAAAAGAAAAAUGUCAGAUAGUUCUGAUGACGAGGCAACACUCGAGGAGCACUUCAAACGACCUAAAUGGAUUUUCUAUAGAGACAGAAAGGAAUGGAAAGAUGUUGUUCCAGUGCCUCAGGAUGACGGUCCUCAUCCGAUUGUUGCAAUUGCAUACUCCGAAAAAUUUAAGGACGUCUACGAUUACUUUCGAGCAAUUUUAAUUUCUGGAGAAAAGUCAGAACGAGUUCUGGAGUUAACCGUCGACUGUAUCUGGUUAAAUCCCGCAAAUUACACAGUAUGGACCUACAGAAGAGAAAUUCUUCAAACCCUGGGUAGUGAUCUUCGAGAAGAAUUGAAAUAUAUUGACUUUAUGAUCAAACAUAAUUCUAAAAACUAUCAAGUCUGGCAUCACAGGCAAGUGAUAGUGGAGUGGCUGAAAGAUGCCAGUCAUGAAUUAGAUUUUACUAAAUUAAUUUUAGAAAAGGAUGCCAAGAACUACCAUGCCUGGCAACAUCGUCAGUGGGUUAUCAAAACUUUCAAUUUGUAUGAUAAUGAAAUAGAAUAUGUUGAACAGUUAUUGAUAGAAGAUGUGAGAAAUAAUUCAGCAUGGAAUCAACGUUAUUUUGUGUUAGACAAUACGACAAAGUUUGAACCAGAGAUUAUUGAACGCGAAGUCGAUUUCGCUAUUAGUAAAAUAUUAUUAGUCAAAGGAAACGAAAGCCCUUGGAAUUAUUUGAGAGGAAUAUUAAUGAAGGAUCCAAAAGGAUUGGGUUACAAUGAGAAAGUUAUGAAGAUGUGUGAAGAGCUUUACUCGGAAGGUUUUAGGACAAAUCAUUUGCUGGGUUGUAUAAUAGACAUUUGUCAAGAAAGGGACAAAAAGGAUGAAUCUCCAGAUUCAAUAUUUUGCUAUGAUCAUGCUCGCAAGCUUUGUAAAGAAUUGGCAGAGGAAUAUGAUAAAAUCAGAAGAAGGUAUUGGAAAUUCAUUAGUGACCAACUUGAAGAAAAAUUCAGUGAGUGUUCUACUUCGUAGUGUCGCAGGUCGUCUAAUUCAAUUUGUACUUAUAAGGUCUUUUGUAUCUCGAAGAGUUAAAGUUCAGUUUCCUUUUUUACGAAAUAUUUUAUAUCUUAGCAAUUUCGACACACUUUCUAGGUUCCAUGGUCAGUAGUUAUGAGAUAUAUGAACAGUAAUUGUGAAUUAAACAUUUGAAUGGAAAUAAUUUAUAAACUGUACAGAAAAAAAUAAGCUUGCGUUCCUAUUAUAUAAAGUGUGAUUACAAUAUAGGUGGCAGAACGUCAAAAAGUUUUUAAA